CAUAGGACAACUCAAUUGUCUUCCUUCUUCUAUCUAUGAUCUCUUUCAGGCCGGCUCACGCUUAUUCUAGGCUAGAUGGCGAUCAAUGACAUCCUUUUCCGAGCACCUAACCCGUCGUCUGCGUAUACCUUACGCCCUCACCGACAUUCGGAGUCAUCACGAAGAUUUCACGGGUCGAAGGAUGUCGGGCGAAGGAUUCAUGAACCUGGAAAAGUUACGCGAGAAGUUAUUCGCACAUGCCUGUCGGCUUGUAUGGUCGUACGCGUGUUGCAUUGAUAGCUCAGAAGAAGCUAUCCUCGCAAUGUUUAGAUGGUACCGCAACGCGUUCGUCUCCAAUGCCAAUGAAGUUUUAUCAGAGA